GUGUGCGCGCGGCUCUCUCUUUCUAUUCCAUAAUACGUAUGUGAGGUUUCGGCAGUCUGUGGCUUCUCUCUUUCUCUUUUUCUCUCAUCGGGUUAGAGCAUAGAGCUCAGACAUCAUCAUCGUUACUCGUCGAUCAGAGCCACGACUACAGACAGCAAGGAAUUAGAUUGGUGUAAUAUAACCUCCCAUUGCCUGGCAGCGCGUGUACUGACUGCCUGUGCCGUGUUCUUAUUAGUGUGCUGAGCACCGAACAUUAACAUUUCGUCGUUGUUUUUUUUUUGUUAUCGUACUAUUACAUAGGCAGUGCCUCUUUGAGCAGCACAUUCGCGUGUACGUGUCUCUCUCUGCCCGGUUCAACUGUGUGGUGGUGGUCAUAUAUAGGUAUAAAGUGUUGUAACUGCCUUACAUGUGUGCUGCAAGCCAUUCGCGCGUCCGCAUGUGAUACACAUACACCAGUCUCUAUACAUAUAGGAGCCUAUAUAACAUAAAAUAUAUCAUUCGCUUGUGCGCGUGUGUUGAGAGUUUGAUACACGUUGGUCAUAUAGCAGUGUACGUGCGCUCGCGCAUAUGUGCAACGGAGAAAAGCUUCUAUACAGUAGUGUGUGCUCGGUCUCUCGGCGUACUAGUGUGUUUUGUGCUGCUGCAGCUGCCGCCGCCGCCGCCACCGCCACCGCUGCCGUAGUGUAGUCACUCCGCCGUAGUUGCGCCGAUAUAUACACCGCAUCGAAAAAAGCCCUGUACACACAGCCUCAAAGCGAGUGAGACGUGUACUGAUAUACACAAAAUAUAUAAUAUACUUAACAUAUACGGAGAGCUGCGCUGCGCCUGUUACUGCUGCUGCUGAUUCGUCGCGCUCGCUCGCUCUCUCUCUCUCUCUCUCUCUCUCACACAGUUAGGUCUCUUGCUCCUACCGUAUAUUCUCCAUAUAUACACCUAUAUUUUACGGUUGUGUGCGUGAGAGUGUCCCGUACAGCCGACGGCUGUAAUAUUGUAGUUAUACAUUAGCUCCAUAAGAGAACAGAUUAUAUUGUCCAAGAUGAGUGAGGAAUCGAAUCCUCGCACCUUGUACGUGGGCAAUCUCGAUGCCACCGUGUCCGAGGACCUGCUCUGCACCCUCUUCUCGCAGAUUGGCAUGGUCAAGGGUUGCAAGAUCAUACGCGAGGCCGGCAACGAUCCCUACGCCUUCGUCGAGUUUAACGACCACCAAUGCGCCGCCACGGCACUCGCUGCCAUGAACAAGCGCAUGUUCCUUCAGAAAGAGAUGAAGGUUAACUGGGCCACGAGCCCGGGCAAUCAGCCCAAGCUCGAUACGAGCAAUCACCAUCACAUAUUCGUCGGCGACUUGUCACCGGAGAUCGAGACGGCUACGCUGCGCGAGGCCUUCAUGCCCUUCGGCGAGAUCAGCAAUUGCCGCAUCGUGCGUGACCCGCAGACCCUCAAGAGCAAGGGCUACGCCUUUGUCUCGUUCGUGAAGAAGAGCGACGCCGAAGCCGCGAUCAGCUCGAUGAACGGCCAGUGGCUCGGCUCGAGGAGCAUCAGGACCAACUGGUCCACCAGAAAACCACCACCGCCAAGGACCGACAGGCCAAGGAAUACCAACAGCAAACCCAACUAUGAAGAGGUAUACAACCAAAGUAGCCCAACCAAUUGCACUGUAUACUGCGGUGGAUUUACAACUGGAAUAUCAGACGAACUGAUUACAGCUACUUUUUCGCCUUUUGGCGCAAUUCAUGAUAUCAGAGUAUUUAAAGAUAAGGGAUAUGCUUUCAUUAAGUUCACAACAAAAGAAGCUGCUACACAUGCAAUUGAAAAAACUCAUAACACUGAAAUUAAUGGUUGCAUUGUCAAAUGCUUCUGGGGUAAAGAAAACGGAGACCCCAAUAGUAUAGGACCAAAUGCUAAUGUACCAUCUCAGCCAGCUACAGCUGGAGCUGGUCAGUAUCCUUAUGGUUAUGGACAACAAAUGAGUUACUGGUACCCUCAAGCUGCUGGUUUCCCACAAAUGCAAGGCCAAUAUAUGCCACAAUAUUACAAUCAGUACUACAGCCAGCAACAAGCUCAGUAUAUGGGUAGUAUGAGGAUGCCUACACCAGCUGCUGGAACGUGGCAGCCUGGUCAAACCGGCACUGCACCACCAACACCAGCUGCUUCUCUUCCACCGGGGCAACAAUUGCCAAUAACCUAUUCUAUGCCACCUCAAUAUCCUUCUCAAUGAGACGGUGAAGCGGUAACAGUCAAAUAAAUUACAAUAUAAAAUAAAACGAAAAAAAAAAAUUAAAAAAAACUAAUAACGAUUAUCAAUAGCAAAGCAACAACUUUGACCAUUGAAAGAUAUGUAUACCACACUUGACAUCCAUUUAUUCCUCGAAGAUAAGCUCACUUAUAUGUUACCUACCUUCAUUGUUAGACUUUUGACUACUUCUUGUAAUGUACAAUCAUUGUACAUACGGAGACAUACAAAGCCACACUUGCAUUAAAUAUAUAUUUGUACAUUGUUAGACGUUGCAACAAAUAUUACCCUACAAUUGAAUCGGAAAGAUGUUUUUGAAUUUAAUUAAGAACAAUUAGUCGCGCCUUUUCUAGAUGUAAUGUAGACGGAGAAAAUAAAAUGUGAGUUAAUAAUUUGUUUUUGGUUUUAUUAGAUUGUAGUGGCUAUCACUUUAGCAGAUAGUUAAUAUUACUUUGUAGAAAAAAAUAAUAAAGAUGCAACUGAUAGUUGCAAUAAAAGAAUGUGAAACAAGGUAGUAUGUACUUGAAUUUAUCUUUGAGGUCUUGCAAAGUCCUGCAUUCGUUAUGCAGUGUGAUCUUAGUCUACUCAUGUUUAAGACCAUUGCAAUUGUUGAGAAUUUUAUAAGAUUUAUUUCUCUCUUUCUCUACUUUUCUCUAAUUUUUGUUUUCUCUGACGCGAUGUUAAAAAAGAUCAUUUUCUUUUAGUUCAAAUGUGUUGUCAAACAAAACACUUGUGUGUUUUUUCAUCUAUAAUCAAGAGCAGCGAUAAUACAAUUAUCAAUGCAAAAUGUUAAAAUAAAUGCUUAAGGUCUUAAUAUGAUAGCUAGACACACCACUGUGAUGUUUUAUAAAAAAAGUCAUGCUGCUAAAAUCGCAUGCAGGUUUUUGAAAUUAAAUGCAUUGAUAACUUUAACAUGAAAAUGUUCGCGCUUUAAUGAAACUCACCGUUGCUUUGUAAUUUCAUGGUCGCCAGUGGAUAAUUGAUGGUUUCAAACGAAGCGCUUUUUAUCUUAUAUGAACGAUAGAAAAAUCAAAAAAAUGUUGAGCAUAAUAUUAAUAAAGAUAAUAAUGGUUGAUUAUUUGUCGAUCUUAGUUUUUAUUUCUUUACAAAAUGCUUUUAGAUAAUAAUUCUGAGUGAAGCUUGGCGAGUAUCAAAUAUGCGAUAAUAAUUUCGUAUUUAAUCAAACAAGAUCUGGAUUUCACUCUAAGAAAAUUUUUUCUAUCGAGUCUUCCGCAAAAUGAAUAUGCAUGUGCAGAAAAUAUUUUGAGCCUGAGAGUAUUCUGAUUCAAUGCUUUGCAGGUAUCUUACUAAAUGUAAUUUUCUUUAUAAAAUUGACGCUAUGUACUUACUUUUUUUUAAUUUUCUAAAUUUCAUUCCAAUAGUUUUUAAUUUUUCAUGCUUCGAAGUGUAGGAGAAAAUGAAAUUGCUGGAUACCACUGGCGAUAACAAAUGUCAACUUAGCUGAUUUUUAAGAAUAAAAGGUAGGAACAAAGCAAGUGUAAAAAAAAUAGGAUGUUUAAAACAAUUCAAAUUUGUAUAAUUUGAUAAAUUUAAUGCUAAAAAAGUUUGUCGAGUGAGUAAAUAUUUGUAUGGAGAAUUUGAUUCAUAAUGAGUAAGACAUUGAGUUAACAUGAUUCAGUAAGUGAAGAUGGAGAGUGUUAUAUAAAAAGUUUAAUUUAGGUAUGGUGGAGCGAAAAAGCUCGACAUUACUUAGGAUAAUGUUAUCUUAUAAUAUAAACAAAUUGUCCUUUGAAUGAAAAAAAAGGAAUAAAUAUUUAAAAUACAAUUUUGA